CCGUUAGCGGCCCGCUCCUUUCGCGAAAGCGCAGCCGGUGACGUUGCAAUGACCAAGUACAGUAGGUGUGGACUACUGAUGUGUUACCGGCUUGUGCCUACCGCGACGCUCACAACGACCGGCGCUGCUCCGCGCGCUACGAGAGUUAAAGUAAUUGGGCUCGAGUCGGGCAGCUUACCAACCUAGAGUGACCUGUCGCCCUGCCCGAGGUUGGCGCGUGUCCGUCAGUGGUGGGGUCGAGUCAUUGUCCGAGGUCCUCGUUCCUCUGCAGACUUCGAAGGAGUCCAGUGCUCUUUCUUUUAGACAUGGGGGAUAGCAAUUGUGCUCUUAGUCGCCACUUUCCCCGCCCAAUUGCGCUCGCCAUUUCGUUCUGCACAGUCUCGCUGUCCCGCUGCUGAGUUCGACGGUUUGUGAUGGUCCGGUCGACGUGUUUUGCGGCGAUUCUUGGCCUGAGCUAGUAGGAUGCAGGGAAGCUCAAUUGGUCGAUGUUCUUCUUGUGAGUCUCGGGAGCCCGCCUCUGUUCACCACCGUAUGACACAACUCCCACGGGUUGUUGGAGCUUUCGGCGUGGUCUAUUUCUGUACAUUUGAGCUACCACAAUCAGCUGAAAGAAAUCAAAAUUUCACACUGCAAUUCGCCUCAGGGUCAUUUCACAGGAAGUUCUCUUCGAGUAUUAUGAUUUCUUGCGGGCAAUCAAUCGACAACGCCACAGUUGACAGAGUGCUGAGGAUUGCAGUUCUGGCCUUCAUGACACUAGACAUUGCGUAGUGCGGUCACUUGUUAAUGCUGGCAUCGCACAUCGACAGCGACUGCAGUAGAGCAGCUCUCGCGUGCUGGAUUUUUAGUGGUGAUAAGACGGAAAGUCGCGACGUAUUAUACGAAGCGAGACAGUCAGAACCCUCUUUUGUUAAACCCUGGGCUCAUGGAGCCUGACGAUCCAGUGUGGAUGGAACUGGACAGUCCGACAUCUGGGCCGCAAACUAGUCAAAAUGGAUUGAAUCCCGGGAAUUCUUUUCCUCUCAGAACUCCGAGCACAGCCAGUCGCGUCGCGCGUGGGACUCCGAGCACAAGCGGCGAGCAGGCAUCGGCCUUGAAAACUUUUGGUCCAAUGAAAGGGAAACCACCUGUUUUAACGGAUGAAGAGAAAGCGGAAAUUUAUAAGAGGCACGAAGCAGAGGAUGAAAGACGCUGGUUCGUUGCGAAAUCUUUCUUCGAUGCCAGAUCCCUGGUGGCAGAUCAUAUUACUUCUUUCAAUAACUUCGUCGGGAAAGGAAUUCAGAAAAUGUUUGACGAGUCGGAGCCUUUCGAGGUGCAGCCCGAGACCGCAUAUGGUGUAGAGGGUGGAAUUCGGAAGGUUGUCAUCCGGUUCACCGACAUAGAGUUGAACAGGAAGCCUGAAGUAGAGCACGAAGACAGAGAAAUUUCGCACCAUACUGAUGAAGUGGCCAAACCAGCUGAUGAAAUGGCCAAACCAGCGACUCCCGAUGAUCUUGACAAAGGAAAGUACAGCAAGGGAGGGAAGGUGAGCGCCAACUGGCUUGCAAAUACCGAAAGUAAUGGCGACGCUGGUGCGUGGGACUCCGAGACUCCGGAAGCUUCUGUUCGCGGAGGAGCAAGUACGAGUGCAGCGGGUGGUGGUGCUUGGGGUGAAGACGAUACCGUUGUAGGGAAAGGGAAGGGCAAGUUUGGCAAAUCGGGCAGCAAGUGGGAUAAAACUAUGAAGCCAAACGAUGUUUUAUAUGCUGAUCAGCCUGGAGCUGGGGACGGUGAGUCUGUAGUUGGAAAAGGAAAGAGAGGCCAGUCUUUUACCAGCUGGGAGAAAACAACGAAACCUAACGAGGUCAUGUUUGCCGACCAGCUCACAAACUCCGAAGCUCCGAAUCAACAAUCAGACUUGAACUUUGACCUGGACAUUCCAUCCGACGUAGCGGGAAAAGAUUUAGAGGACCUCAUACCGAAAAUUUCUGCGUCAAUGGAUGAGGAUCCAGCAACAGAAGGCUGGGCCCAGGAGAAGGCUUCAACUACAAAUGCGGCGAAUGGAAGUGUUUUAGACGAAGAUCCUGAUAGUCCUGUCAUUGGCCGUCGAACUAGAAGAAGCAAGAGACCCAAGUUGGAUCUUAAUGAUGAUGGCGAGGAUAAAUUUGAAGAGUUCAUUAUGAAAGUUCCUGUCAAGGAGAAUCCAGCCGCAGAAUGUCCCGCAAAUGGGGAACCGACAUACAAGGAGUGUGGAAAGGAGAUACGCGAGGCCAAUUACAAGCUCUUGCCGGUUGAGGCGCGGCUCAGGGGCAUAACGUAUUCAUCACCAAUUUACGCGAAAGUUACCAUGGAGGUUCAUCACCCUCGUACCGAAUACCAAAGGAAAGAUAAAGCCUCGUCUUCCACUCCUAAGUUUGACUCUGGUCAAGUUCAAGUCAUCGAAGAGAGGGUUCUUUUGGGAAGGAUUCCUGUGAUGGUGAGGUCUUCUUUGUGUCAUCUGGCUCAGAACACAAGCUCCGAGGACUCACCAAGGGAGCAUGGUGACUGCUGCCUGGAUCCAGGGGGUUAUUUUAUAAUCAAAGGCUCCGAAAAGGUUAUAGUUGCUCAAGAGGAGCGAAACGGGCACCGGGUUUGGCUGUCGAAUAAUAAAGGGGUCUGGAUUGCUAAUUACGUGUCAAGGCGGAAGGGCUUCGGCAAUUACAAUUACCAGAGGACAUUGGUUAAACUCACACCUCCGACCAAAAAGAUCAGUGCCCUGCAGACGAGUUUUUGGCCUCUUUUCACAGUGGUGCUUCCAGGCAUUGAUCCCAUUCCCUUAGCUUUGCUCUUUUGUGCCCUUGGUGUCAAAUCUGAUCGAGAAAUCAUCCAGAUGAUCUGCUAUAAAGACUCACAGAAGAAAAGCGAAGAUGAAUUGGAUAAGAUGAGGGACGAAAUGCUGUUCCUGGAUCCGGAGAUGGUUCAAAUCGUUGCUCCUUCUUUGAAAGAUGCAGACAACCAACUUGCGAAGUCUUUCAGUGACUGGGACGAAAAUAGUUAUCAGACCUCUAAACGUGACGUAGAUAUUGCGUUGUACUAUAUUGGAAGCAGAAGCGUGAAGAAGCCCGACCCCGAUGAGCGGUUGAAACAUGGACAAGAACUGCUCAAGAAAAAGUUUCUACCACAUGUGGAGGGCGAGCGAAGUAAGGCUUAUUUCCUAAGCUAUAUGGCGCGACUUAUAUGUUUGGGUUACUUGGGACGUCGCCAACCAACUGACAGAGACGACUUUAAAAAUAAGCGUCUUGAGUUUGCUGGUGAAGUCAUUUCUCAUCAGUUUCGCAAACUCAUGGGUCAUGUACAGAACACAAUGAGGAAAAGGAUACAAAAGCAUUUAGGAAAGAACCAGGAUCUCGCAUCUAUCGAGAAGUACGUGGAAGAUAAACUGAUAACCAGAGGAUUUAGAAACUCUUUCUCCAGUGGUAACUGGAUGGGGCAUGAUAUGAUGAAGAAUUCAGGAAUAGUGUUCGAUCUGAAGAGAGGAAAUCCGAUAUCUACCUUGUGUCAGCUGCGUGAGCUGAGACAGUAUGUCCCACCGACCGUCAAAGUGGGAGAAGAUGCACGCCACCCGACCUUCUCUCAGUGGGGUCGAGUGUGUCCGAUCGAUACGCCUGAUGGGGAGUCUUGCGGUCUAGUUAAAAAUAUGGCCCUUACUGGGAUUAUUAGCUCUGCUGGUACAGAAGCACCUGUAUUUGACGCCUUGGAAAGUAACGGCGUGGAAUCUCUUGAGGAUCUCUCUUCCAAUACUAUAUGGAGAGUAACCAAGGUGUUUGUUAAUGGGACAUGGGUCGGCGUUGUUCAGCUCAAUCGAACAAAAUCCUUAGUAAAAGUACUUCGGACGCUGCGAAAGAAACCACCAACAGCCGACCUUUAUCAGAUGGAAGUAGCGUAUGAUGCCCUGAGGCGAGAGCUGCAUGUGAGCACAGAUGCUGGAAGAGUUUUGAGGCCUCUUUUGGUCGUCAAGAAGAACAAACUAAAUCUCAACUUAGACGUAGUAAAACACUAUACAUCUGAGAAGAUGGGAGAACCACAUGAGCGCUUCUCUUGGUUCUUACAGAAGAAUGUCAUCGAGUUGCUAGGCGUUGAAGAAGAAGAAAAAGCUCUUAUUGCCCUUCAUGGAGCCGACUUGGAGAGGGCCAGACACUUUCAGUUGAAAAAGAACGUUAAAUUCUCUCACGCAGAGAUUCAUCCGUCACUCAUACUGGGUCUUAGUGCGUCUGUUAUUCCCUUCCCGCACCGCAACCAGAGUUCAAGAAAUCUCUUUCAAGCACACAAACACUCGAAGCAAGCGAUUGGUGUCUAUGUGACUAACCUAGCUUGUAGAGCAGAUACAUCUGGACAACAUCUGUUCUAUCCACAGGUGCAACUGGUGAAGACAAAUAUCGUCAAUUGCCUUCAGAAAGAUGAGAUAUUUAGUGGCCAAAAUGCUAUAGUGGCAAUAGCCUGCUAUACUGGUUACAAUCAGGAAGACUCCAUAAUCAUGGAUCAGUCUGCUCUUGACCGGGGUAUGUUCAGAACUCAGCACUACCGGACUUUUAAAUCUGAGGAGCGAUCCGAUCACGAGACCUUCGGUAAACCUAGUGCUUCAGAUGAGAAUGGUGGGCCGAGAGCCUUGAGGUCUGAUCAGAUAUUGGAGGAGGAUGGACUUCCCUAUAUCGGUUGCAACAUAGGAAUGAAUGACGUCAUUGUUGGUAAAGUCGCCAAGAAUGCUGAAACUUCUGAUGGAUGUCGCAUGACUGACACGAGCACGAGGCUGAAGGCACACGAGAAGGGCAGAGUGGAGCAGGUGAUUCUUGUCCAGGAUGAAGAGGGGAGGAAGAUUGCAAAAGUGAAACUGAGGGAAACACGCAUUCCUCAAGUUGGUGAUAAGUUUUCUAGCAUGCAUGGUCAGAAAGGUGUUGUUGGGAUGGUUUUUACUCAGGAAGAUCUGCCUUUUACCCAAGAAGGAAUUGUACCUGAUAUUAUCAUCAACCCUCAUGCCUUUCCAAGUCGGCAGACCCUUGGACAGAUGUGCGAGAGUGCCCUCGGGAAGGCACGCGCCAAACGAGGAGAACAGCUCUUUGCAACACCUUUCAAUCCUGCAUCCACCGUCGAGUCAAUCACAGACGCUCUUCAUCAGAGCGGGUACAAUGGGUGGGGAACGGAAACGAUGUACAAUGGGUUUACUGGGAAAGCAAUGGAAGCGAAGAUUUUCAUAGGUUCAACAUUCUAUCAAAGACUCACUCAUAUGGUGGAAGACAAGAUCAAGUACCGUAGCCGUGGGCAUGUUCACCCACUCACUCGACAACCUGUUUCUGACAGAAAACGACACGGCGGUGUCAAGUUUGGUGAGAUGGAGCGAGAUUGUUUGAUAGCUCAUGGUGCUGCUGCCACUCUUCAAGAGAGGACUUUUCAUCUUAGUGACUACCACGAGAUACAUAUAUGUAGAGGCUGUAAGCAGAUGGCGCAUAUGGGAGUGGACAGGAUUCCUACCUGUCGUUUUUGCAAGAAAGACAAGAGAAUAGAAGAGAUCGUCAAAGUUGAGAUCCCCUAUGCGUGUAAGUUGCUCAUUCAGGAGCUUCAGAGCAUGGGUAUUUCUGUCGGUCUGGAUACGGAAGUUAUGUGAGGACUCGGUGAGAUAUACUCUCUGGAAGUUUAGAUAUCUGUACUAUAGGCGAUGUUAGGUAGAAUACCCUCAGUUCGGACUCAAAUUUUCUACAAGCCUUUUUGUGCUCGGUCUUUCAGCUAGUUCUCUCAGAUUAGUAAUGCAGGUGAAUGUGUCGACUCAUGAAGACACAGGAAACAAGCAUGAGUGGUAGAUAAUGACGCUGUCAACGACAGGGAAAUAACCCUUUCAACAUCAAUAUUUCCGG